GAAAGGUUAAAAAGAAGGAAAACAAGGGCAAAGGCAACAUGUAAAGCCCCGUACCCUGUCUUCCACAAAAACAAAUAAAUAAAUAAGAGGGGAAAAAAAAUGUUAGCUGGUCAGCACUCUCCAAUCCGAUGUUUCUCAGCAACAACAGCAGACCCCAUUUAAUAUUCACAACAUCAUAUUAAUAAACAAACAACUUCACAGGCGUGUGAUGUUUUAUAACUUGGUUUCUCCUCAUUUCUUCCAUUUUUCCUUCUCCUACUUACACUUCAGAUCCAUCCUUUCUUUCCCUUGUAUAAUUCAAGACAUUAUAUAGUGUAAUUGAUGAGACUUCAUUAGAUGAGGACAAGGUGGUGAAGUGAUUAAAGGGAAUUGUGGUUGUUCCAUGGGCAAUACAUGCCGUGGAUCUUUCAAGGGAAUACUUCAUCAGGGCUACGAUCAGCCCGACGAGCAAUCGACCGCCACUGCCUCCAAUUCCAAGCGCCACGCCUCCUCUGAUCACUCCAAUUCUGAGCAUUCCUGUUCAAGUCUAACCUCCCAAGAACUCACCCCCCAAAAGGACAGCAAUUUACCUCUCAUUAGCCCUACCAAGAAAGAUACAAUAAUGAGGCGCAGUGUUGAUAACCAGGCUUAUUAUGUUUUAGGCCAUAAAACUCCAAACAUUCGUGAUCUUUACACUUUAGGUCGUAAAUUAGGACAAGGACAAUUUGGCACUACUUAUUUAUGCACUGAGAUUCUUACGGAGAUUGAGUAUGCUUGCAAGUCUAUAUGCAAAAGAAAGUUAAUUUCCAAGGAGGACGUUGAGGACGUUAGGAGAGAGAUUCAGAUAAUGCACCACUUGGCAGGUCACAAGAAUAUUGUGACCAUUAAGGGUGCCUACGAGGAUCCAUUGUAUGUUCAUAUUGUAAUGGAGCUUUGCUCAGGAGGAGAGUUGUUUGAUAGGAUCAUCCAAAGGGGGCAUUACAGCGAGAGGAAGGCAGCCGAGUUGACUAAGAUUAUUGUGGGGGUUGUGGAGGCGUGUCACUCGCUAGGGGUUAUGCAUAGAGAUUUAAAGCCAGAGAACUUCUUGUUGGUGAAUAAGGAUGAUGAUUUCUCGCUUAAAGCUAUUGAUUUUGGACUCUCUGUGUUCUUCAAACCAGGUCAAAUUUUCACUGAUGUGGUUGGAAGCCCAUAUUAUGUUGCUCCAGAGGUGCUCCUCAAGCACUACGGGCCAGAAGCAGAUGUGUGGACAGCUGGGGUCAUAUUGUAUAUAUUGCUAAGUGGAGUGCCACCAUUUUGGGCAGAAACACAACAAGGAAUAUUUGAUGCUGUGUUGAAGGGUUAUAUCGACUUUGACUCCGACCCGUGGCCCCUAAUAUCAGACAGUGCCAAAGAUCUCAUCCGGAAGAUGCUUUGCUCUUCACCUUCAGAGCGUUUGACAGCUCAUGAAGUGCUGUGUCAUCCUUGGAUAUGUGAAAAUGGAGUUGCUCCUGAUAGAGCGCUGGAUCCCGCUGUACUUUCUCGUCUCAAGCAGUUCUCUGCAAUGAAUAAAUUAAAGAAGAUGGCUUUACGGGUAAUAGCUGAGAGCCUUUCUGAAGAGGAAAUUGCUGGUUUGAAAGAAAUGUUCAUGGCUAUGGACACUGAUAACAGUGGUGCAAUCACAUUUGAUGAACUUAAAGCUGGUUUGCGAAGAUAUGGCUCUACCUUGAAGGAUACAGAGAUACGUGACCUUAUGGAUGCGGCUGAUGUGGACAACAGUGGAACAAUCGACUAUGGAGAAUUUGUAGCUGCUACAGUUCAUCUUAACAAAUUAGAGCGUGAGGAACAUCUUGUUGCAGCAUUCCAAUAUUUUGACAAGGAUGGAAGCGGUUAUAUUACAGUCGAUGAGCUUCAACAAGCUUGUGCUGAGCAUAACAUGACUGAUGUUUUACUUGAAGACAUAAUCAAAGAAGUUGAUCAAGAUAAUGAUGGAAGAAUUGACUAUGGUGAAUUUGUUGCCAUGAUGCAAAAAGGCAAUGCAGGAAUUGGUAGACGAACUAUGCGAAACAGUCUGAAUAUGAGCAUGAGAGAUGCACCAGGUGCCCUAUAUCUUGGGAAUAUGUGAUGUACAGGUUGCAGAGCAAAGCUGGAAGAUGAGGAUGAUUGGUAACAGUAGUUUGAGAAAUGAUUACAAUUCCUUCCGAGUAACAGAGGAUUUAGAUUUUUGGAAGUUUCUGUGCUUGAACAUUUGUCCACUUGCAUUUAUAUUGCUGUGUGACUGGGGAAAAUGAUCGUAAGCUUUGUAAACUUUAGUGUGAAGUGUUAUUAUAGCUGUUCAUGUUGAUAAGUUAAUUUGUUGUGCUUUUAUUUAAGCACUCUGUUUGUUGAUCUUUGAAGAACGAGGAUCUUAAGUUUCAUUUUCA